AUGACGCAGAACUAUGGGUACGGCGCGCAGAACCCGUACGACCAGCGGGACCCUGCUCCUCAAUACAGCAGCUACGAUGGAGGCUACAGCGGUGGUGACAACAACUAUAGCCAGCAGGGGCAACAAGGCUACGGGCAGCCUCAGCAGCAGCAGCCAUCCUAUGGUCGCCAGGGCUACGGCGGCCAGGGCCAACCCUCGCUAGACGGCGGAUACGCCGGUUCCGGCGUUGAAUUGCAGCCUCUUGCCCAGAAUGGCGCCUCGGUCGGCCGCAGCGGCGACCCCAAUGCCGUCCUGAACGAGUGCCGCGACAUUGAUCGCGGCAUUGACACGGUGGAACGCAACCUCGAGCAGCUUCGCAUGCUGCAGCAGCGCACCCUCGACGAUGCCGACGCCUCUGGCUCCAGCGCCGCCAACCGCCAGCUCGACGGACUCUCCACGGAGACCAUGGCCCUCUACCGCUCCCUGACCGAGCGCGUCCGCCAGGUCAAGUCGAUCCCCGAGGCGAACAGCCCCAAGAACAAGGCCCAGGUCGGGCGUGUCGACCGCCGCCUCAAGGACGCCAUCCGGUCGUACCAGUCUGUCGAGUCGAGCUUCCGCAAGCGUACGCAGGAGCAGAUGGCCCGCCAGUACCGCAUCGUACGACCAGAGGCCUCGGAGCAGGAGGUGCGCGCCGCCGUCGAGGACACCAGCUCCAACGGCCAGGUCUUCCAGCAGGCGCUGAUGCACAGUGACCGUCAGGGACGGGCCCGCGCUGCCCUGAGCGCUGUCCAGGACCGCCACGACGCGCUCGUCAAGAUCGAGCAGCAGAUUGUGGAGCUGGCGCAGCUCUUCCAGGACAUGGACACGCUGGUCGUGCAGCAGGAGGAGGCGGUCCAGAACAUUGAGCAGAAGGGCGAGGAAGUCGUCGACAACCUGGAUAAGGGCAACGAGGAGAUGCGCGUGGCGGUGAACACUUCGCGUGCUACGCGCAAAAAGAAGUGGAUCUGCCUGGGUAUCAGUGUGGCCAUUGUGGUGAUUGUCGUGGUGAUUGUGGUCAUCUACUUUCUCGUCAUCAAGGGCGACGGCAACGGCGGCGGCGGUAACGGGGGUGCCGGCGGCAGCAGCAAGCGCGAUACUGCCAACAUUGAGCUUCUCCCCUUUAUCAGCCCGGUCAUCAACUCGCGCGUGGUGCGCAGCCAAGAUGCCGUGGGCGAGAUGUCGAGGUUGCUACGCGAACGGGUCCGUCUGCCACAACAGCUGCAAUGA